AUGGCAUCAUCAAUAGGACCAUGGUUGGGUGGUGGACGGCGUACAGAUAUGGGUUUUGUAAGCCCAUUUUCAUCUGAUGUAUGGGAUCCAUUGGGCUUUGGUAGUGGAUUGGGCUUCAGGCGUGCUGGUGAUGAUGAUGUUUCUGCUUUGGCCCAUGCUAGUGUCGACUGGCGUGAAACUGAUCAAGCUCAUAUUUUUCGUGUUGAUAUUCCUGGGGUGAAGAAGGAAGAUCUAAAGGUGCAAAUUGAAGAUGACAACAUAUUGGAGAUUAGCGGUGAAAGAGUUAAAGAGGAAGAAAAAGGGGAUGACAAGUGGCACCGCGUGGAGCGCAGACGUGGCAGUUUCUGCAGAAAUUUUCGGCUACCGGAAAAUGUCAACGUGGAAGGUAUAAGUUGUGAGCUUGAAAAUGGAGUUUUAACUGUGAAUGUACCCAAGAAAGAAACACAACAAAUUCCAAAAAAUGUUAAGGCCAUAGACAUAGCUUAGAUCACUUUGGAUUUGGACAUUGGUAGAGUCAUGUCUAAUGUGUAUUUACUUCUACUACUACUAGUUUUUGCCUUUGUGAAUAUAGUAUAUAGUAUGUGUGUAU